UCACUCCUACCACAGGCUGGACACAUCCAAACAGCUUGGUGAUUUUAGACUGGUUGUCCUUGUUACAGUAGACUGGUGCACGUUGUGUGUUUCUCUCCAACAAGCAUGUACAGUGACAUGGUGCGAGAAGAGCGACCAGAUUAAGUGAUUAUUGUUUAAUAAACUGAUGCGACCACUUCGCUAGUAGGUAGCCAGAAACUGGCCAGUGGGUUUUUAUCGAACUCCGCUGGUUUCUUCUCCAAUCAUAGGAUUCCACUCUGUAUUCCAGGUUCUCGAAGCAAAUCAAACAACAGUGAGCAGUCAUCCGAUUCAGGAGGAGACAACUCCGACACGCUAACGUCGGGCGAUGAGGCUGACGACGAAGGGGGUCUGAACGACGAUGAAGCCGAUGUGACGUCCAGCAACAUUGACCUGUCUGACACGGAGACUGGCAAGAAAAAAAAAGACUUGACGACGCCCGACGACGACGACCUCGGUGAUGUUGACAACAUGACGAUAUCGCAACUGAACAGUCCACAGGGCCCGGAACACAACCUCAGCGCCGACAGUCACAAUGUGGAGGAAGCAGGCAAAGACAAAAGUCCCAAACAUCCAUCUGUGAUUGAUGACCUUAUGGAGUCUACUUCUGCUGCUGCUGCUGCUGGUCCUGUUGUGUCAGAAGAUGAGGCUAGAAACCAUAGAAACCCAAAACCACAGUCAGCACCUCAUAUCCAUUCACCACCACUAGCGUCCUUGAAGUUACCACUCUCCAACUAUUACAUAUCCUCCAGCGACCAACCUCUCGACCUGUCGAAGAAAUCCACAAAACCAGCACACAGACAUCGCUCGCUGUCUUCAUCAAAAGGUCUUACAAACGGCCACUCGGCUUUUCCUUCCAGUUUGCAGAGUCUUCAGCUACGUUUUGGGGGAGACUUCCCCAUCGACACCCCGAAGAAACCCAGCAGCAGUAUCCCGCUUCAGUCGAGUAUCGUCCAAGGAAAGUCUUUCCUCCGACCGCCCGUUCCACCGACUGGCAACCAUGCACAAUCGCACGACUUCAACCACAAAUCGCGAUUUCCGUCAAAAAGUGACAAGUCGUCGGACGCCAUCCGAAGCAGUUCCCCACUCCAGAAAGCUGAACUGUCAGACUCGGAUGACGUUGGCAGCGAGCAUGGAGGCAGCAAGUAUACGAUCCACCGGUGCUCGUGCCUCAAGUCGUUCAGCACGCUGUACACCAUGAGUGUGCACCUGCAGGACACGGGCCACAUGCCGAAGAUGAGCAAAUCGCAGUCAGUGAUGGACUACCCGAAGCUGGUGCGCGGCCAGGACAUGUGGCUGAACCAGGAGUCGGAGCAGACGCGGAGGAUCCUGCGCUGCAUGCAGUGUGGCGAGUCCUUCAAGUCGCUGCCCAUGCUGACCGUGCACAUGAUGCAGACGCAGCACUACGCCAAGAUCGUCAGCUCCGACCAUGGGCGCCGCUCGCACAAGUGCUCAGCGUACUGCGAGAAGGAGCUGGACCGCGAGUGCAUCUUCAAGUGCAAGGUGUGCCACGACACGUUCACCGACAUGGAGGGCCUGGCCAACCACAUGAUCGUGUCCGGCCACCACAAGAAGCAGGUCCUGCACACCGGCGCCGCCUAUCCUGUGGCCGACUUCGGCAUCCGGUCGUCAUCACGCAGCAGGAAGAGAUUCUACAGUGAGGACGGCGGUGGCGGAGGCGCCGCUGCAACGGUCGCCUCGCUGCUCGACUUCAAGCGCAAAUGUUUGUCCUAUGGACCAAACGGUUACCGUAGCAACAGUAUGUCCGACAGUAUGGCUGCCUCAGGGAAAGUUGCAGACAGUUUGAUAACGUGUGAGAAUUGUGGUCAGAGAAUCGAUAUGGAGAUGUUUGUCGAUCACGUUCGGUUGUGUCUGAAGCAGAAAUCUGAAGUGAUCGAUGCUCUGAAGCAGAAACUGACUUCGGAGGAGCAUGCACGGAUCAGGAACGCGAGCAGUUAUCGUCAGAUACCGAGGGUUAAACAGGAAUUCAAGGUCACAUCCCGGAACAAGCACCACCCGCCUAGUUUCCAUAAUGAUCCUAAACGAGGACUGCCAAGAUCAUUGUCACCGAGAGAACAGGCAAAGAAAGAUGCCAUCAGAGCCCUGAAAAAACUGCACAGAAUAAAAAAGGAACACUUGUUGAACGGCAAAGAUGUUUACGAAAUUAUGGAGAGCAUGUACAAGAAAACAUUUGAUGAUAUUAAGCAAGAAACAAUUCAAACCUCUGAAACUAAAAGCCAAAAGGACAAAACUGUUUUACCUCAGCAUGUGAAAGCAACAAAAUUGGACAGUGCUUUAACUGCAUCACACCUGACAACACUGUUUUCAUCGAGGGAAUCUGUUGAGCAAGUUCCACUGAAACAGUCUGUGGCAAGUGAAAACAGAUCCAAGGAAAAUGGGUUUUCACUAUUAAAAAAGGACAUGAUUAAUUCACGGGAUAUUGAUCAAACAGAUUCAAUUCUAAAAGAAACAUCAGAGACGUCUUUAAGUAAAACAUCAGUGAGUAAAAAAUCUGUAGAAGGAAAUGAAUUGUCAUGUGACCCUGGACUGAAAGUAAGACAGGAAACAGAAUCAUUGGGUGUGGUUACUUCACAGGAUGACCCAUCUUUGUGUUCGCAAACUGACCUUGGACACACUAAAACAUGUGAAAAUCAGGCAAGUGAGCAUGAUAGAAACUCAUCACCCUCCCUUGUUCCCAUGGAAACAGAUAAUGAAAAUGGAUUGGUAGUGACCGACAGGUCGAUUAAAGAUAGUGUCAAAGGUGCAGAAACCACAGACGAUGCGACAAACAGUCUGGCUAAGAGAGUAGAAAUGGAUUGUGAUUCAAAAUGUGAUAUUUCUAGUGAGGUUAGCCGCACUUCUGAUGAUGAGGGUGCUACCCAGAGUGGGUUGAAAUCUCUAGACUGCGAUCAGAUCAAGCUCAAGAGAGAAACAAACAGCCCAGAGUCGGUUGAUGUUGGCAACACCGACAAGAUUGUGAGACAGUCAGGAGAAUGUGGGUCUGAGUCAAGUGGCGGUGGACAACAGAGUGUUGAUAAGAGUUCUGAUGUUCCUGUCCUUGUGUCUUCAAGCAGUGUCGCUGAUGUCUCUGACUUCAGUGACGACCUCAGGUCUGGUGAUUCACAACUUAGGUCUGGUGAUUCACAACUUAAGAGGAAGAAAUGCUUUUCUGACAACCCUAUAUCUAACGAGUUGCAAUCCAUUAGCAAGAGUAAUUCUUCUGACAUUCUUAAAUCUUGUGAUUCACAAUCCAUCAACAAGGGACGCUCUCCUGAUAAUUGCAAAUCUCCUGAUUCAGACUCUAUCAAGGUGUGCUCUUCUGAUGUCAGAUCUAGUGAUUCACAACUCAACUACAAGAAAUGUUCUACAGAUUCAGAACAUGUCAAAAGUUGUUCUCCUGACAACCUCAAAUCUAGUGACAGCAAGAGUUUGUCCAUCGACAGUGUUCAGUCUUGUGAUUCACAGUCAGUCAGUCUGAAAAGUUCCACUGAGAGCCUCAAAUCUAGUUAUUUAGAACAUGUCAAACUGGAGUCUAGUGAUGCACAGCCAAAUGGUAAGAGGUAUUCUGCCAACAGUGAUUUGCAACUGUUUGGUGAGAAAUGUUCCACGGCUAAUCUUGAAACCAGUGAUUCACAGCCCAAAAACAAAAGCUGUUCCAGUGCUAACAACUCGAGUGUAUCAGAGCAUCAGCUUGGUGAUAUUUUCAAGUCAAACUCAAACACUGUUGAUCCUCACUGUAAUGGGGUCAAAUCUACUAAAGCAAAAACAAAAGAUAGCUUUAACAAAGCAGCAGACGGAAAGACUGAAUCCAAAACUGAAUACAAGUCUACUUUGAGUGUUGCUUACUCUGAGGAUGGGGUGAAAAGUAAAAGAAAAAAUUCACCUGUGUUCACAAACAGUGUGAACGAUUCUGAACAUAAUGGGCAUAAGGACAAAGUUUGUGACAAGCAGAAAAUGUUAGAACCUGAUCACAAAGAUACUGAUCAUGUUAAGACGACAAACAAUGUGGAUGUGUCGUCUAGAAAACUGAUGGACAUCAUUGAUCCAGAUAGUUCAGAUACUACUGCCAACUCCAAUUCUGCCUUGAAAGCCAUGGAGUCGUUCAUUCGGCGCAGCUUUACAUCGACCUUCGACCAUCAUCGUUCGAACAUUGCCAGCAUGAUGAGUCCAGUCAACAAGCUGUGUGUCCCACUACAGAGCACCUCAGUGACAUCCAACAGUGAUGGGUCUCUGCAUUAUUUCAGUAAACUGAAGAAAGGUUUUUCUUUCGAUCCAGCAACCCACAAUGGAGACAGGAGAGCAGUAUUAGAAAAUGGUGCUUUAUCAUCGGACAAUGAGAAAUCCACAAAGUGUGCAAAAGUGAAGAGCAGUUCCCACAGACUUGCCGCUAGUUCAAAACGUGAAACGAAAGAUUCUUCGGAGGACCAGAAGAAAAGCUGGUCGCCGAUGUCGGUUAAGAGUGAAAAGGACACUCCCUCUCCUCAAACGCUUCCCCGAGCGGAUGAUGACCAGGAGUCGCUUAUAAACAAGUAUCUGUGCGUGGAGGGCCAGAACUCGACCGGCCGAGGCUCGGCGCUGGACUCUCUGAGCAGCUUUGUGUACGGCCAGCCGAUGACGAGCGAGCACCCACUGGACAGCCUUCAGAAGCUGCUGACGAGGACGGAGAUCCCGCAGAUGUUGAAACCCUGCUCGGAGUCCGCCUUGAGGAGAAUGUACUCCACCUCCCCGGACGAUGACGUCACCAAACCGCUGAACCUCUCUCUCAAGUCCUCAUUGCACUGCAGUGGGGGGGACGACGAUGGUAACGACCAGAUGGAUGGUUUUGAGGACACUGGUUCCCUCGAUGAUGGGGCUGGCAGUCCUGGCGGUGGUGAUGGGGAUCUAUCCGAGUAUAAGUGUGCCGCGUGCAGUCGGCAGUUCGCGUCGAAGGGCUCGUACCGAUACCACCUCAGUCGAUGUCACCUGUCCAGCGUGAAGAUGUACGGCAUCAAAGAAGCAUUUAACAUGAGUCCGUACGUCUACCUUCCUCUUGACCACACUGCCAAGUUCUCAAAGUAUUACGAAAUGGCGCAAGAGUUGGCCAACAAGGGCAAGUGAAUGGAUCUGUUGUUGCUCAGUAAAAGAUUUCCUGUCCGUUAUUUUACAUCACUUUUUUUUCAAAUCUAUGCUGAUGUUUUAUUAUUCUAAUUGUUUCAGUUAUCAUCUAUGUUAAUUUGUUGUUGAUUUUUUUUGUAUGUUUUAAUCAUUUCAAAUGUUCUUGUGCAUUUCAUUGCCCAUUGUGUCUAACAUGCUUAGUCAAAAAAAAAAUCACAAUGUCUGACACGUAAUCAUAAAUUGCAACAAAACCAGUCAUACAUAAAUAUAUUUUAAACCCACCAGACAUGAAAAAAAGGAUAAAAUAAUUAAGAUCACUUCCAAUUUCAUUUGGUUAUUUCUGAACUAACCGUACAGGUAAAUUUUAAACUUUGAACAAGUCAAUGGUUCAAGGAGUUCAAAAACAUAUGCCUUAGUUGACUGUGAAAUAUAUUAAAUCACUUUUCUUCUUUUGAAACUAAAAUUUGUUUUAUCUUAUAUAUAAACGAAAUUAAGAUUUGCAUGUCCUGAACAUAUUUAUUUUAUUACACUGACAUUCCCAUUAGCUGAAUAUUAUAUUUAUUGCUAAAUUAAUUAAUUAUAAUUAUAUAUUGAGAAAAACUAGGUCAUAGGAAGUAUUUCCCAGUUUAGUUAAUCAGACUGCUGAUACAAUUAUCUUCUCCUAUCUCACUUCCUGGUGCCUUCCAUUGCAUGUUCUCACUGUUUCCAUAUUGCUUUCUCACUCUUUUCAUCUCACUUUCUCAGUCUUUCCAUCCUACAUCCAUCUCACAUUAUCAUGCUAAUCAUCUGGCUUUCUCUUUCCAUCUCACGCUUGUUUUCUCACACCUAUCUCACAUCCUCUAUCUUUCCAUCUCACUUUCUCACUUCCUCUCUCUUUUCAUCUCGCUUACUCACACCUAUCUCACUUCCUCUCUCCUUCUAUCUGACUUUAUCAUGUCAGUAUCUUACUAUCUCACUCUUGCCUUUGCUUUCUCACUUCUUCCAUCAUAUCUUUACCCAAUCUCCUCAUGCCAGCCUACUAGUAUCAUUUCUCCAUCUAAUGUUCUCAGUACUUCCCACUAUUUUUCUUGGUUAUCAUUUCAUGGUCCCAGUCCUUGCAUUUCACACAAGCUGUAAUUGCCUUGUAUGAUGAAUCUUGAUCAAGAUUCAAAAGGAAACCCCAUCUCAUGAAUAUUCAUGCAUGGGCAGAUAGAGGGAAAGGCAUGGUGUAUACAAUCACUCUUUUUAACAGAUACUAUAUACCUGUAUAUCCAUUUUGAUGUAAAUGGCCAAAUAGUAGGAUAAUCUUGAAAUCAGGGUCCCAAAUAUUUUACACACACACAUGCAUGUACAUGUGAAUGCACACACACACACACACACACACACUGACACAUACACACUGACACAUACACACUGACAAACAUACACACACUA